AUGAUGCUCACCACAACCCGCCUCUUGAGCACUUUGCUCUUCUCCGCUUCACUCAUUAGCUCGGCAUCUGCAACUGUGACCUGUGGCAUCUCUGAUAAUGUCAAUUUUUUCUUGAACCCUUCAUUCGAGACUGGUGACUUGACCGACUGGACUAGCUUGUCCCCAUAUGGAUCGAUAGACUAUGGUACAGUUGCAUCUGGCGAUGCCUCCGACGUAGACGAUUACUUCGUCAUCCCAUCCAAUGACCAGUACGAAUAUUUAAUGCAGGAGUUGACGGGUCUGGAAAUUGGCGAGACCUAUACUCUCUCCGUCGACUACAAGCUUGUUUGGACUACAGCAACUGAACCUACCUCAUCUGCUAAUCUCUGCAACAUGGCAUUUUCCCAACACUCCUGGAGUUCUUUAAUUUCUGGGAUAAAGACUUCUUACUCGUCAGCUGACGCAGAAUGGACUACCUACAGCAUCAACUGGAGCCCUACAGCCUCGACCGUUAAUCUUUACUUCAUCUUUGGAUGUAUCGAAAACACCUCUAUCCGAUUGGAUAACUUCAAGGCUGUCGGCCCAGGCGAAGUCUGCACAACCAGCACUCCUACCCCGACUCCUACUCCUAAUUCUGUCCCCAGCUCUUCGCCGGUCAAGUCUUCCUCCGUGGCGGUCCACAGCUCUUCUUCCGUGCGGCCGGUCCAAGUUCGCCCUAGCUCCAAGGCUCUGAUCAGCCCAUCCAGCAAGGCUUUGCCUUCUUCUACCCCCGUCCCUAGCUCUGUUCGCCCCUCGGCCUCUGCUCCUGCUGGACACAGCCGGGUUCCUCACUCUGUUCGUCCUGUUCCUUCCGCACCUACCACUUACUUGACUACCGAGACUGUCGUUGUUGGAACUACUGUCUGCCCUAUUACCGAGGGUGCUCAGCCCACCGCUACUACCACGCUGACAGGCCAGGGCAGCAUUACAGUGCCAAUGACUACUUCUACUGCCUUCAUCACGCGUACCUCGACAAUCACCGCUUGCCCCUCCUCCGUUAAGGAUUGCCCCGCGUCUGAGAAGUCUACUUAUGUCACCACCGAGACCAUUGUUGACUACACCACUAUCUGCCCGGUAACUGCUGCUGAGGCUACCCAAACUGCCAUCUCGACUGCUUCAGUCUACAUCGAAGCUAGCGCUACUGGAUCUUCGGGCUCUACCGGCACUGGGUCCACUGGCUCUUCCGGUACUAUCCCGACAGGCUCUGACUCCAACGGCUCUGGCUCUAACGGCUCUGGCUCUAACGGCUCUGGCUCUAACGGCUCUGGCUCUACUACCAUCUCUGGAUCCAUCGGCUCCGGAUCCACCAGCUCUGGCUUCACCGGUACUGAUUCGAUUGGUGCUGGCUCUGGCUCCGAGUCCUCUAGCAACGGACAGAUCAGCACCACCAUUAUUUACUCGACCAAGGUCGAGUCUGGUACAACGGAGACCAUUGCUAUCGCAACUGGAGCUGUUACUCUCACCGUCGCCAAGGCUACUAGCGCUGGCCUCGUAGGCGUUGGUGCUAAUGAGGUACCCCCCGUGCACCGCACACACAUCCACGUCAAGCCUACUCCUUCAACCUUUACCACUUCUAGCUAUUCUACCACCCAGAAGAGCUCCGGCGUUGGAUCUGGCUCUAGCUUGACCACCAGCUCUGCCGCUCCAGUCUAUACCGGUGCUGCUUCACCUUCCUUCACUUUCUCCACUAGCCUCAUCAGCGCUUUGGCUUUUCUUGUUUUACGUCUUGUAUAA